UAUAUAUGGUGGGGCCGGGCCGGGCGGGGGCGGUGCCCGGGUUCGAGUCCCGCGUCGGCCCGCACCGCUCCGCUCCCGCCCGCUUGGCCGGGCCCCGCUGGCCGCGGAGAUGGGCGACAUGGAGUCCUACAAGGUGAUGCUGAAUGGGCCGGCACCCUGGGGCUUCAGGCUGCAGGGAGGGAAGGAUUUCAGCAUGCCGCUCUCCAUCUCCAGGCUGACUCUGGGUGGGAAGGCAGCCCAGGCCGGCGUGGGAGUGGGUGACUGGGUGCUGUACAUCGACGGGGAGAGCACCAGUGCCAUGACACACAUCGAGGCCCAGAACAGGAUCCGUGCCUGCGGGGACAGGCUCUGCCUCACCUUGAGCAGAGCCCAGAACCAGCUGGGGAAGCCGCAGAAGGACUCACUCCCCUGCUCUGAACCCCUGAAAUAUAACUUCGCUCCCAGCACCGCCCUCAACAAAACAGCUCGGCCCUUCGGGGCCGGCUCACCUCCGAACCCACGGCCCGGGCUGGUGACGAAACCCGUGACCUACGCGCCCCUGGCGCCCGCCUGCACCCCCCAGCACAACGGUGUGCUCUCAGCCCUGGGUGAGCUGGGUGUGAGACUCAGGGAUAGGGGGCUCAUGCAGGCCAUAGGACGUCUCUGCUACUGGUGUGCUGUGAUUCUGUGCUGGGAAAGGUGGGGGACAGCCCCGGGACAUCUGUCAGAUUUGACAGAUGACUCUGUCACUCACAGGCAGCCCCCACAGCUGCUGGAGUCCCCCAACACCCCAGUGUGUGACCCAGUGAAGCUGCGGAUGUUAGAGGACAUUGAUGACUCCAAGCCCCACAGCUGGACCUCCCAGUCCCGUUCCUUCCGCAAACUGUCGCGCCUGGUGGGCGCAGACGCCAUGGAGGAUGGUGAGGACGAGCUUGUUAAAAAGCCCAGGGAUGCCCAUGGGUCCAGCUGGGGCACGGUGGAGCAGUGGGAGCCCCCACAGCCUCUGGAGCCCCCCAGCACGCCCGGGUGUGACCCUGGGAAGUUGAGGAUGUUAGAGGAUGCUGAGGACUGGCAGCCCCGCACCGGGACCUCGCAGUCCCGCUCCUUCCGCAAGCUGGCCCAGCUGACGGGCACAGAUGGCAUGGAGGAUGGUGAGGAUGAAUUUAUUAAAAAGCCCAGGGAUGCCCAUGGGUCCAGCUGGGGCACGGGGCAACAUCGGCAGCCCCCGCAGCCCCUGGAGCCCCCCAGUGACACUGUGUGUGACCCAGUGAAGCUGAAGAUGUUAGCGGACAUUGUCGACUCAAAGCCCCACACCUGGACCUCCCAGUCCCGGUCCUUCCGCAAGCUGGCCCGGAUGGUGGGCGCCAGCAGCAUGGAUGAUGGUGAGGAUGAGCCCGUUAAAAAGCCCAGGGAAUCCCACGGGUCCAGCUGGGGCAUAGUGGAGCAGCGGGAGCCCGUGGAGCCCCCCAGCACCCCCGGGUAUGACCCCGGGAAGCUGCGACUGAUGGAGGACGCUGAGGGCUGGCAGCCCCGCACCGGGACCUCGCAGUCCCGCUCCUUCCGCAGGCUGGCCCAGCUGACGGGCACAGAUGAGAGUGAGUUCCCACAGGGCCUGGCACUGCCUGGGGACUGUUUGGGAUGCCCACGGGUCCAGCUGGGGCACGGUGGAGCAGCGGUGAGUGCCAGGGUCUGGCAGAGGUGUUGCCAUGUGCCAGGGCACCUUUUGGAGUGCUUCCCUGUUCCAGAGCAGGGUCUGUGCUUGGUGCUGGCUGAGCUCCUGCCCUCUGUCACUCACAGACAGCCCCCACAGCCUCUGGAGCCCCCCAGCACCCCCGGGUGCAACCCCGGGAAGCUGCGACUGAUGGAGGAUGCUGAGGACUGGCAGCCCCGCACCGGGACCUCGCAGUCCCGCUCCUUCCGCAGGCUGGCCCAGCUGACGGGCACAGAUGAGAUGGAGGAUCAUGAUGAUGUGUUUGUUAGGAAGCCCAGCCAGGUCUCCGUGCCGGACCCAUCCCCAGGAGCAACGAUGAAGACUGAGCCAGGACUGGCCCCCAGGACCCCCAGUGCCACCCCCAGCCCCACCAGCCGCCCGCCCUGGGCUGUGGACCCCUCGUUUGCCGAGCGCUACGCCCCGGACAAGACGAGCACGGUGGUGAGCAAGCACAGCCAGCCGGCCACGCCGACCCCCAUGCAGAACCGCAGCUCCAUCGUGCAGGCAGCCCAGCAGGCCCCCGAGGGGCCCGGCCGCACCCCGCUCUGCUACAAGUGCAACAAGGUCAUCAGGGGACGGUACCUCGUGGCGCUGGGACAUUAUUACCACCCCGAGGAGUUCAUCUGCUGCCAGUGCAGGAAGGUGCUGGAUGAGGGUGGCUUCUUUGAGGAGAAGGGCUCCAUCUUCUGCCCCAAGUGCUAUGACACGCGCUACGCACCCAGCUGCGCCAAGUGCAAGAAGAAGAUCACUGGGGAGGUGAUGCAUGCACUGAAGAUGACCUGGCACGUGCAGUGCUUCACCUGCAAUGCCUGCAAAACUCCCAUCCGCAACCGAGCCUUCUACAUGGAGGAGGGACAGCCCUACUGCGAGAGAGACUAUGAGAAGAUGUUUGGCACCAAGUGCCGCGGCUGUGACUUCAAGAUCGAUGCUGGGGACCGGUUCCUGGAGGCGCUGGGGUUCAGCUGGCACGACACUUGCUUUGUCUGUGCGAUCUGCCAGACCAACCUGGAAGGGAAGACGUUCUACUCCAAGAAGGACAAGCCGCUGUGCAAGAGCCACGCUUUCUCCCAUGUGUGAGGGGUGGGAAUUCAGCUGUGCCCACACUUGCCCCUGGCCCUGCAUGCUCCUCUCCCCCUGCCCCGCUGGCCCCAGGGAGCCAGGCUGGGCCCUUGGCCCUUUCCCUUGCUCCUGCCUCUUUCCUGGUAGCUCCUGGCUAAACUCCAGCCGGGUACAGUGCUGGGUCCAGAGCCUUUUAUAGCUGAGUGGCUUCUUAUAUGCUUCUCAACUGGCCCUAGGAGCCCUGGGAAUGGGAUGCUGCAUGGAUCUCCUGCCCCUGAGGCACGCAGCAUGGUGGGUACAGCCAUGCUGAGGCUGGAAUUGGAGAGGGUGUGCCACAGCUGGGCUGCUCCCUUGCUGCUGGGGCAGGGAUACUCCUUACACAUCCCUCCCUGAGUGGGUGAGGACCAGCUCCUGUCUCACUCUUCCCAGCCUUCCCUGCUGUGUGCUUGGGGCUGGAGACCCAGCCCUGGGGCCCUGCCCAUGACAACCCCCCAGCCCCCCUCAAACUGCUGCGGUGCCUUCCUGCCCCGCUUGCAUUCCGGGGCUGUCUGUCCCUCCUGCCCCCCACCCUGCUGGCCUCCCUGGGGCUGGCAUCACCCCCAGCCCAGCGUGGCCCAGCUGAGGGCUGGCAGCGUGUGCUGGUGCCAGCCCAGCCAGGCGGCUGCUCCUGCAAGGCUUGGGCACAGCUUCCUACCAAAGAGCUCUCUGCCACUGCCAUCCUGGGGCCACCGAUGCCUCCCCCCAAGCCACACCCUCUGGUCGGGCUGUGCUGAUGCAGCCACGGUGCUUUUAGUGCCUCUAAUAAACACGUCUCUGCAAGUG